ACCGUCUCCGCAUCGCUGCCUAAGGAGAGAGAAAGAAGAAGUAUCACGUUGACAGGAAGUUAUUUGCGGAAAAUUGUGAUAAAAGCGACCAGUAGCAAAAUCGUGGAUCUUGCCGUUCAAUUGCGAGGAACUUCUCAUGAGAACUCCGGAAAGCAACCACAAUUGUUUCUUCUGUGACAAACGCUAGUGUGGCCCGCCAGUUUGUUGAUUCUAAUCGUGUGUGUCGCGCCAAACAAGUGAUCCUUCCCUUGGAGAAUAUUCUGAAAUUCGUGUUGCCGACAGCUUCUUUGACGUCGCUUAGCUAUUUGCAUCGGCGAGAAGCGGACUCGCUUUGUACAUCGAGGAACCAGGAAAUGCGGUAACAAGAGCGAAAGAUGAUGUCGUUGUCCGACGUGAUUUGCAGGCAGCUGAGCACGUCAUCAAUCAGAGGUCUCUGGUUGCUGUGGCUCUGUCUGUUCACGAGCUUAAUCUCCCCUAGUUCAUCCAUUGAUGUAUCAUGUUGUCCCGAGGGAACGAUAUGGCAACAUUCGGCCAAUUGCUCAGACGGCACACAGAUCCGUCUAGACUGUUCAAGUAUCUUCCUAAUGGAUCCUGAGGUGAGCAGGCAUGACAACUUCACUGUUAUCUACGAGGAGGACACCGCUUGGUUACUGCAAGACAUCGACCAUGACAAAAUCUCGCUUGACAGAUUCUGCAUAGCCAAAAUGCAGAACAGAGGCGAAAUCGCCCUGGUGUGCUUUGAUGAGCUGAUAGAUGACAGCAUGUCGAAGAUAUGGAAGAACACCCUGAUUUGUAUUGUCAGCAUUAUUUCGGCGAUCUUCCUGAUCGCCACUCUGGCGAUUUAUGUUAUACUGCCGGAAUUGCGAGAGUUACAGGAUAAGGCAAUGAUGGCCGCUGUCACAACCCUGGCAGUCAGCUAUACCGUCCUCUCCAUUCAGCACUUACGUCCGAAUAUGGAAAACGACGAUUAUAUCAUUUGUGUUUCUCUCGGAUUUAUAUUAUAUUUCGCCUUUAUGUCUGCGUUCUUCUGGCUGAACAUCGUGGCUUUCAAUGUAUGGCGAUGCGUGUGGUUUAAGAACUUCAGGGUAAAGGAACAAUCGCUCUUUUACGCUUAUUGUGUGUGGGGAUGGGGCGGUCCAAUAUGUUUUCUGAUCGCCGCACUGACGACGCACCAUAUAUCCGGAAAUCACUUGCGACCUGGCUUUGGCGAAUAUACCUGUUGGUUCAGUGGCAUUACAGAGACGUGGACGUACUUUUACGGGCCGGUUGCUAUUUUGUUAAUGUUAAAUAUAAUCUAUCUCGGAAUGACCAGCUGGCGUUUGUGGCAUCAAUAUCGCGAGUACACGGGAAGCAAGUUGCGAAUCAUGCGAUUUAAGUGCCUGCUAUAUAUUAAACUGGUGCUCGUCAUGGGUAUUACCUGGAUCUUUGAAUUGUUAUCAUUCGCUGUCGGAUCGAGAAUGGAUGAGUUUUGGAUACCGACGGAUCUAUUGAAUGGCCUGCAAGGAUUCAUCAUAUUCCUGCUUCUCGUUGCGACGCGGAAAAGGGUACGGAAGUUGUUAGCAAAGAAGCGACCGUGCGGUAUUGCUUUCCCAAAAUCCUGGGCCGCAUACGAAGACGAGGAGUGCGAAGCGGUACUUCCCGAGGAGCUUGAGCUAUCUCAUCAAGGCUAAGGCACUCUCAUGUUUUUUUCCUCUCGUAAUUUCUUUUUCAUCAUGUGGGUUAAAUGUGAGAAAGGUUGCCUACAGGAAAAGACAAUCCAAUCUUGAUUUACUUGUAAAUUAUCUAUAAUUGGACAUAGAUAACGCGACCAUUGUCGAACGUUUAAUUAAUUUGAUUCUAUAAUUGACUCAUUUAUAAGCGCACAUUUUAUUCUCCGAAUAUUCUCAUUGUUACAUAUAGUCUCAAUUAUGUUAAUCCGUUAUUACUCGUGGUUCAGUGUUUAACUGACAAUAUUAUUUUAUCUCUUAUUAACGUACGUACAUAUUAUCACUUAUUCUUUUACUUGUAUAGCACCAGUACAUAUAAGAGCGACAUAAAAAUCGGCACUUGCCUGAUAAUGAGUUAGGUAAUGUAAAUGUAUGUUUUAAAUGUGAUUGUUGUGGAACGUGUUGUUUUCACGGUUAGCAUAAUGGAGUACAUUAUUAUUAUUAUUAAAUACUGUGUAAGAAUCUCCGUAAACAUUAUGCAAAUGUUGGAUCAAAUUAUUGUAUGUGUGUGAAGUAAAACUCGUGGAAAGAAUACAACGAAGAACAAUUACUCAUCAGUGUGUAAUAUCAUUUCACGCUCGUGAUUCAGUUACAAUUUCUCGUUUAAAUCACUCACGGAAACGUGACGACAACGAGUCAUUCGUUCCCACAUUCCUACGUUUUCCUACGAAAAUGCGUAAAUCCGACUCAUUCACUCGUUGUUUUCACCUCCACUAUCAACCAUCGCGAGUACUAUGCAUGACGUAUUGCAUGGAUCUUCGGCACGAGAUAUCUCGCGUGUGAUGAAAACAUUGCGCAAGUGAAUUCAAUCAUGAUUUUAACGUAUCUGUAACAGAAUGGAACAUUAAAGGAUAAGCUAUCAAAGUAACCGUGAGCAAUAAAUUGCGAUGCAAAAGCCGCUUGUAUUUAGAGUCUGAAGGCUACUGGACACUUUCACCAUGGAUGAGCCCCGCGUAUAUUAGCAUAACACACGUACGCGUCAAUUCAGGAUACCUUCUAAUAAAAAUCUGAUUUACGCAGUGACAUAAGUUUAGACAAUAGAUUUGUUAAACUAACAAGAAGAAGGAAACCGCAAUAAUUAUGUUGUUAAGAUUUGUUAAAAUUAUCGCCGCAGGCACGGUAAAUAUGUUGUAAUGUAAACACACAUCGCUUGUCCCACUUCCAUUGAUUCCACGCGUUCCAUUUCGACAUGCGUUUCAUUAAUUAAAUUGCAUAGAGCGC